CGCCCCCGCGCUUCCGGCCCCGCCCACCACCGCGCGGAGGACUGUGGGAGCGGCUUCCUUGGAUUUCGCUCUUGGCAACGGCUCGGCAUCGCGCUUUGGCCAACCACCACGUAGACGCUGGGCCCGACUAACUGUUACCCACUUCCCUCAACGUGAGGUACAAAUGAUGCAAAAUGUGCACCUGGCUCCAGAGACAGAUGAAGAUGAUCUUUAUUCUGGCUAUAAUGACUACAAUCCAAUCUGUGAUAUUGAGGAAUUGGAGAAUGACGCAGCUUUUCAGCAAGCCGUGAGAACUAGUUAUGGCAGAAGACCUCCAAUAACUGCUAAAAUACCAAGCACGGCAGUUACUAGACCUAUAGCUACUGGAUAUGGGUCCAAGACAUCCCUGGCAUCAUCCGUAGGAAGACCAAUGACAGGAGCUAUUCAGGAUGGAGUUACUAGACCCAUGACAGCAGUGAGAGCAGCUGGUUUUACCAAAGCAGCUUUGAGAGGCUCUGCAUUUGACCCACUUGGGCAGUCAAGGGGCCCUGCUCCUCCUUUGGAAGUCAAGAAAAAAGAUAGCCCAGAAGAAAAAAUAAAGCAAUUAGAGAAGGAAGUAAAUGAGUUGGUAGAAGAAAGCUGUAUUGCUAAUAGUUGUGGAGACUUAAAAUUGGCCUUAGAAAAGGCAAAAGAUGCAGGAAGAAAAGAGAGAGUCCUGGUGAGACAGCGAGAACAAGCUACAACUCCAGAAAAUAUCAAUUUGGAUUUAACUUACUCAGUUCUUUUCAAUUUGGCCAGUCAGUAUUCAGUUAAUGAAAUGUAUGCCGAAGCACUUAACACGUAUCAAGUUAUAGUGAAAAAUAAGAUGUUUAGCAAUGCAGGAAUAUUGAAAACGAAUAUGGGAAAUAUCUAUUUAAAGCAAAGAAAUUAUUCCAAAGCCAUUAAAUUUUACCGAAUGGCAUUAGACCAAGUUCCAAGUGUCAAUAAGCAAAUGAGGAUUAAAAUAAUGCAGAACAUUGGAGUUACAUUUAUUCAGGCUGGUCAGUAUUCAGAUGCCAUUAAUUCAUAUGAGCACAUAAUGAGCAUGGCACCAAAUCUGAAGGCAGGCUACAACCUAACUGUCUGUUAUUUUGCUGUUGGAGACCAAGAAAAAAUGAAGAAGGCCUUCCAAAAAUUGAUUGCUGUUCCAUUAGAAAUUGAUGAAGAUAAAUAUAUUUCACCAAGUGAUGAUCCUCAUACUAACUUAGUAACUGAAGCUAUAAAAAAUGAUCACCUAAGGCAAAUGGAACGUGAAAGGAAAGCCAUGGCAGAAAAAUACAUCAUGACAUCUGCAAAACUCAUUGCUCCUGUAAUUGAAACAUCUUUUGCUGCAGGUUAUGAUUGGUGCGUGGAAGUGGUGAAAGCUUCUCAAUAUGUAGAGCUAGCCAAUGAUCUGGAAAUAAACAAAGCAGUUACAUACUUGAGACAAAGGGACUAUAACCAGGCUGUAGAGAUCUUAAAAAUGUUGGAAAAAAAGGACAGUAGAGUGAAAAGUGCAGCUGCGACCAAUCUCUCAGCCCUGUAUUAUAUGGGAAAGGAUUUUGCACAAGCCAGCAGCUAUGCAGAUAUAGCUGUGAACUCUGAUAGGUAUAAUCCAGCAGCUCUAACUAAUAAAGGGAAUACAGUUUUUGCAAAUGGUGAUUAUGAGAAGGCCGCUGAAUUCUAUAAAGAGGCUUUAAGAAAUGAUUCUUCUUGUACUGAAGCACUUUAUAAUGUUGGUCUUACCUAUGAGAAAAUGAAUCGGCUAGAUGAGGCUUUGGACUGUUUCCUGAAACUUCACGCAAUCCUACGAAACAGUGCCGAAGUUCUUUACCAGAUAGCAAAUAUAUAUGAAUUAAUGGAAAAUCUCAGUGAAGCUAUUGAAUGGCUAAUGCAGGUGGUCAGUGUUGUUCCAACCAAUCCUCAGGUUUUAGCUAAACUAGGAGAAUUAUAUGAUCGUGAAGGAGAUAAAUCUCAAGCAUUUCAAUAUUACUAUGAGUCAUAUAGGUAUUUUCCUUGUAAUAUUGAAGUCGUUGAGUGGCUUGGAGCCUAUUACAUUGACACCCAAUUUUGGGAAAAAGCCAUUCAGUACUUUGAAAGAGCUUCUCUUAUACAGCCUACGCAAGUGAAAUGGCAGCUGAUGGUUGCUAGUUGUUUUAGAAGAAGUGGUAACUACCAAAAAGCGUUAGGCACUUACAAAGACACUCACAGAAAAUUUCCAGAAAAUGUCGAAUGUCUGCGUUUCUUGGUUCGUCUCUGCACAGAUCUUGGAUUAAAAGAUGCUCAAGAAUAUGCCAGAAAACUGAAGAGGUUGGAAAAAGUGAAAGAAAUAAGAGAACAGGUAUCUCAUAUGGGCCUACAACUGCUAUCUGCUAAUUUUCAGAAUCGCAUAAAGUCCGGCAGAGAUGGCAGUGGGGGCUCCCGUGGCAAAAGAGAGGGAAGUGCUAGCAGUGAUAGUGGCCAGAACUGUAGUGCCAGUAGUAAAGGUGAACGACUAAGUGCCAAACUCAGAACUUUACCUGGGACAAAUGAACCUUAUGAAAGUAGCAGUAACAAAGAAAUAGAUGCCUCGUACGUGGACCCACUUGGCCCUCAAAUAGAAAGACCAAAAACCGCAGCCAAAAAAAAAAUCGAUGAGGAUGAUUUUGCUGAUGAAGAAUUAGGGGAUGAUUUGCUUCCAGAAUAAUAUUCACUUUAAUAUGAUAUUUAUUAAAGGAAAGAAAUUGCCUUAUGAGAUCAUCAUCAUGUUGAACUUUGGAUUAAAUAACCUUUUUUUUUUUUUCAGUGAAAACUUUAAAUAAGUGUAUUCUAUUCUGUAAGUAUGCAUUUAAGUUGUUUUUUUCUUUUAAGGAAUAAAAACAUGUAAAACUAA